ACAAGAGCUGCUGGUAGCUCCCAUAGACAGUCAGGAAGUCACGCUACAAGCAACUCAUUGACAACACACCCUGCUGCCUGGACACUAUUCACCCAAGAAGCUCUACACUUAAUUCAGCAAUUCCCUCAGGUGAUUCAGCAAUUUCUUGAGGCUUUGCAGCUGCCUUGGGAUAGCAGAGGGCCACCUCCAGGCAACACAGGAAGACAACCAGAGUGACAGCUGUGAAUAUCUUCAUCUUCUGCUUCUGUGA